AUCACGGUGAUGAAUGUGAUAUCGUAUACCACUGGGGACGGUUUAGUCUUGCAACUCAAGAAGGCUUUCGGACCAUAAACGGGCUGGGACCUGUUUCCCCUUCAGUCUCAAGUAAAGCUAGUACCGGAUCCAGCAGCAACAGGAUUGAUGAUGGAACAAAUUCAUGA